CAUCAACCAGAACUUUCAUUCAAAGAGCUCUACAAACAGAACUUACAAAUCUUUUCUAUUUCUUUUCCACCCUUGCUUUCUAAUCUCAAGCUUUAAUUUACCCUGAAAAUGAUGAUGAUAAACGCAAAGAAGCUCAUGAAGAUGGCCAGGAAAUGGCAACAAAGAGCAGCCCUCAAGAGAAAAAGAAUCUCAUUUCAGAGAUCAAGUAUUACUACUAGCAGCCCAACUGCAGUAGAAAAGGGUUGUUUCGUGGUUUACACGGCGGAUAAAAUCCGUUUUGCGUUUCCCUUAAGUUACCUAAGCAACUCUAUUGUCCAAGAGCUCUUGAAAAUAUCUGAAGAAGAGUUCGGUAUCCUGACGGAAGGACCAAUCACAUUGCCAUUUGAUUCGGCCUUUUUAGAGUAUCUCAUCAAACUGAUUCAACGGCGAAUGGAUGGAGAUACAGAAAAGGCUCUGUUAUUAUCAAUCUCAAGUGCUAGAUGCUGUUUUCAACCACAAGAACAACAAUUUAGUGCUACUCAACAAUUGCAUGUAUUUUAGAGUUUAGCAAAUAUCUUGUUUUGUAAAGUUUAUAGUAGAUUAGACAGAUUACUUGUUUCAGAAAUACAAACUAUUCUUAUUU